AUGUAUCGGAAGUUGCUCCAGUCCACGCCUAGGGAGGCACUUAACUGGAAGCUCUUUUAUGCAGUUAUUUGCUUUGGUCUUAUGGGCGCCGCGCGAGGCCUUGAUGAGGGUCUUAUAUCCGCGACGGUCGCGCAGAAGUCCUUUAUUGUUGAAUUCGGAUUGCAAAGCAAGUCCCUUAGCAAGUCUGCACAAGCCAAUAUCUUGUCCAAUGUCACCUCUAUGGUUCAGAUAGGGAGCGUGGCUGGAUCACUUAUUGCCUUCUUGCUUUGCGAUAGGAUCGGCCGACUAUAUGCCACCCGUGAACUAUGCGUCGUGUGGAUUAUUGGAGUCAUCGUCUUCAUUACGGCCAGAGGCAAUAUUGGACAAGUUUACGCUGGCCGAUUUGUCAUGGGCCUUGGAAUUGGGCAGACGACCGUUGUUGCGCCUACCUAUCUAGCUGAGACAACACCUCGAUCCAUUAGAGGCCUGUGUAUCUGCAUGUUUUCGGGAUCUGUCUAUCUCGGUAUCAUGUUGGGAUACUUUUCUAGCUGGGGUACUUCAUUACAUAUUUCAAAUCAAAGCCCGAAACAGUGGUUCAUUCCCCAGACUAUGCAUAUUAUUUUCGCGGGAAUAAUCUUGCUUAUGUCCUUGUUUGCGAAGGAGAGCCCGCGAUACUUGCUAAAGAUGGGACAACGGGAACAUGCCACUGAAAACAUGACCUACCUUCGCAAUCUCCCCGCCGAGCAUCCUUAUAUCCAGACAGAGCUUAUCGAUAUCAAUGAUCAACUGGAGCGUGAGAGAGAAGCUACAUUAGGCAGUGGCUUGCUAGGACCUUUAAAAGAGCUUUUUUUCCUCCCUUCCAACCGGUACAGAAUCAUGGUCGGCCUCAUGGCACAACUCCUCGGCCAGUGGUCUGGGGCCAACUCAAUCACAAUUUAUGCCCCCGAAUUCUUCGCGCUUCUUGGUACCACCGGCCAGUCGGAGAAGUUAUUUGCGACAGCGAUAUUUGGCGUUGUCAAAUUUGUCUCCGCUCUUGUUUGCGCCUUAUUUCUGGUUGAUAUUAUUGGACGCAAACGAUCUCUGACCUACGGAAUCAUUCUUCAACUUAUUUCUAUGCUAUAUAUAGCCAUCUAUCUUACUGCAUUGCCAUCUGUUACCGACGAGAAGAAUAAGAGCGCUGCCACGAGCCAUGCAAGCACAGGAGCAGUAGUCUUUAUUUACUUCAGUGGCGUUGGCUGGGCCCUUGGCUGGAAUUCGAUUCAAUAUUUGAUCAACGCUGAGAUCUUUCCUCUGCGGGUCAGAAGUUUGGGUACAAGUCUGGUCAUGUGUUUCCACUUCAUCAAUCAGUAUGCAAACUCUAAGGCCGUUCCGUCGAUGCUCUUGGAAACAUCCAUGAAACCUCAAGGCACCUUUUGGUUUUUCUCGGCCAUCACAUUUAUUGGCCUUCUUUGGGUUUGGUUCUUCCUUCCUGAGACAGCAGGAAAGAGUUUGGAAGCCAUGGAUGAAAUGUUCAGUCUUCCGUGGUAUAUUAUUGGAAGAAAAGGCGCCGCCAUGACUGCUGGUCAGGGCUCCGUUGCGGAGGCAUACAGUGGUGCUGAUAUGGAAAAGAUGGCCAAUAUCGAACAAGCUGAACACAGGGAAAUUGCAGCACCAGGUGGACAUGUAGUCUGA